AUGCCAUCUACCACUAAUACUGCUGCAGCAAACGUAAUAGAAAAAAAGCCAGUCUCGUUUUCUAAUAUCCUAUUGGGUGCCUGUUUAAACUUGUCAGAGGUGACUACAUUAGGGCAACCUUUGGAGGUUGUUAAGACCACAAUGGCUGCAAACAGAAACUUCACAUUUUUAGAAUCUGUUAAGCAUGUCUGGUCAAGAGGUGGUAUCUUGGGUUACUACCAAGGUUUGAUUCCAUGGGCAUGGAUCGAAGCCUCCACUAAAGGUGCUGUGUUGCUGUUCGUGUCAGCUGAGGCUGAGUAUCGUUUCAAAAGUUUGGGGUUGAACAACUUUGCCUCAGGUAUAUUAGGUGGUGUCACGGGUGGUGUCACUCAAGCCUACUUAACCAUGGGGUUCUGUACCUGUAUGAAAACGGUGGAAAUUACAAGACAUAAAUCUGCCUCCGCAGGUGGUGUCCCACAAUCUUCUUGGAGUGUGUUCAAGAAUAUUUAUAAAAAGGAAGGUAUUAGAGGUAUUAAUAAGGGUGUUAAUGCUGUUGCUAUUAGACAAAUGACCAACUGGGGUUCUCGUUUUGGUUUGUCCAGACUAGUGGAAGAUGGUAUCAGAAAGAUCACCGGGAAAACCAAUAAAGACGACAAGUUGAAUCCGUUCGAGAAAAUUGGUGCCAGUGCUUUAGGUGGUGGUUUAAGUGCUUGGAAUCAACCAAUCGAAGUCAUUAGAGUUGAAAUGCAAUCUAAGAAGGAAGAUCCAAACAGACCAAAAAAUUUGACUGUUGGUAAGACAUUUAAAUACAUCUAUCAAUCAAAUGGUCUAAAGGGUCUUUACCGUGGUGUCACCCCAAGAAUUGGUUUAGGUAUCUGGCAAACUGUCUUCAUGGUUGGUUUUGGUGAUAUGGCGAAGGAAUUUGUCGCCAGAAUGACUGGUGAAACCCCAGUUGCCAAACAUUAG